UGUACCAAACUUUGAUGAAGCAAAGAGCAUCCAGUGUGGAGGAGUCAUCAUGUCUCUGUCGGUGCUGUUUGGUGCUCUGAGGACCAGAGAGCUGCGAGAGCUGCUGGAAGAUGAAGACAAAAUAAAUCACUUCGUCAGGUGCAGUGUCAAGUUUCAGGGGCUGCAGAGCGAUGCAGAGAAGAUGCUGGUUUCAAAUAAAACAUUAGCCAAACUCGGUCUUUCUCAAAAACCUAAAUUUAGAGAUGCUAAAUUGCUCCUUGCAGUGAAGUACAAGGAACUGGAAAACAUAAGAAGCAUCAUCCAGGCCAAACAAGAACAACUUGCAGAAAAAUUCAGUGUUCAUCGUGCACAGUGGAGUCUCCUAAAGAAGAUAAAUAAUGCAGAGGAGGAGUGUGAGGUGCUGUUUCAGAGGUUUGCAGAGGGGAAGACUCCACUGGCAGAUUUCCUGGCUUUCUUUCUCGGCUCGCAGAAACUCCAACACAUCAGGAUGGUCCUGGUGAAGAAAAUGCAGAAAAUGAUUGAAUUUGAAUCAACACAAAGGCUUUGUGAGAUUCCCCCUGACACUCAUAACGCCUGCCUCCCAGUCUGCAGUCUAACCACAGCUGUCGUCUUACCUGCCUGCUGCCACCCUCCAUUCCUGCUGCCCUGCGGUGUCCACGUGAACACUGCUCACUGUUUACAGCAUUUACCAUUUUGUCAUGAUUACAAUGAGUCCCUACGUCCAGCAGUGUACGGACGAGGCCACAAAUGGUCAGCAAGACCCGUCCGUCUCCAGCCUCUGAAGGUGCAGCAGAGGAGGCAUCAACAUGCUCCACAAUAAAGUCUAAUCCAGCCUCA